CCAGGAAAAAAACUGUCAGUCAACCACACUUCCACGCUCUCAAACACACCUACCUCCUCCGUUCCUCCGAUACAGACGACUGGAUACAGUCGUCUGUAUCUCGUGCACCUCUCCAAGGAAGUUUGAUUUAUUCAUUUACGUCUCUGCCUCUCUCGGAUAAAACUUUUUUUUUUUUUGGUUGUUGUUGUUGUAAUAUUUAGGGAUAUAUAUAUUUUUUCAUCUCUCAGCCCUCGAGAGGUCGUCUGGAUUUGGAAGAUAAUGAUGAUUCACUCGUCUGCGGUGACAAAAGGAGAGAAGAGUUUGAAUUGAUGAUCGACGAGUGGAAUUCAGUAAGGGGAUUUGUGAGGAGAAGAUCCAGGAGGAGGAGGAGGAGCGGCUGAUCGAAGGAGGAAGAGGAGGAGGAGAGGAAGAGUAUGGGCUGCUCCUGUGUGUGGAUCUUCCUACUGUCCCUGUCUCUCUCCCAUCAAAGAGUCACCGCACAAACUGAAGCAUGCAGGACGGUGGUGCAGGCAGACAUAGUUUUUCUGGUGGACGUCUCGUGGAGUGUGGGUCAGACCGGCUUCUCCAGAGUUAAAGGCUUCAUCUCGGCCGUGAUCUCCUCCUUCCGGGACAGUGUGGUGGGAGCCGAGGGGGUCCGCUUCGGCGUCACUGUCUUUGGGGAUGUCCCGAGGAUGCGGAUCGCUCUGACAGACUAUAGUUCCCUGGAGGAGGUGCUCAGAGCCAUCAGGGACCUCCCGUACGACGGUGGAUCCAGGAGGAUGGGUUCUGCCCUCCAGUAUCUGGUCGACCCUGUUUUCAGCCCCGCCAUCAGUCGGGAUCACGCCCCAAAGAUUGCAGUUUUGAUCACAAAUGGACCUUCGGACGAACAAGUUGACGCCACAGCCACAGCUGCGGCUGACAACGGCAUUUCCCUCUUUGCAGUAGGUGUGUGGGGAGCGGAUGAAUCGGAGCUGAGGAGGAUUGUAGCCCAGCCCCACGAGGAGCACCUCCUGCUGGCUGCUGACUACUCCCUGCUGGAGCCGGUCCUUCCCAAACUGUCCCGCAGAGUGUGCGUCACAGCUUCCGAACCACCACGUCCUGUGAAAACUUCCCAACCUGUUGAGGAGCGUGUGGUCGGCCCCAGAGACCUGCAGGUCAGUGAGUUUGCCCACAGCUCCCUCAGACUGACGUGGAGCCAGGCCACAGGCGACGUCACCGGCUAUCGCCUCCUGGUCGCCCCUCUCACCUCCAGGGGGCAGCUCCUCCCGCUGCAGCAGAGACAGAUCGAUCUGAAGGCAGACGUGAGCACAGCACUGGUCCCAGAUCUGAAUCCUAAAACAGACUAUUCCUUUACCGUCUAUGCCGUCUACCCCAACCUCAUAGGAGACUCUGUGACCAUCACCGGUCAGACAACCCCUUUACCCCAGGUGUCAAACUUCCGUGUGAUCGAGGAGGGUUUGUUCUCGCUGCGUCUGGGCUGGACGCCUCCUGUAGGGAAGCUCAACGGAUUCAAGCUCUUCAUCCCAAGAUCCAACCGACCGGGAUUUAUUUACGAGCAGCUGCUUCCUGGCGACACCUCCUCUCACGUGAUUGACAGCCUGGACGAGGACAAGAAGUACACUAUCAAUAUCUACGCCGAUUUCCCGCAGGGAACAGGCGAAACAGUUUCAAUAGUGGGCAAGACGUUGAAGCUGGUGCCAGUUCAGCAGUUCCUGGUCCAAAACGCCACCACAGACACCGUCCAGGCGCGGUGGACUUCAGUCAGGGGCGCCUCAGGAUAUCGUCUAACGUGGGCUUCUCCAGAUGAUCACAUAGAGAACAUAAACCUUGGGGACAAUUUUAACUUCUACAUGAUCCAGGGCCUCCACGCAGGCUCUGACUACACCAUCACCAUCAACCCCAUCUUUGGAGACACUGAGGGCCCCGUCACCGCCACCAAAGCCAAGACAUUGGAGAGCAGCGCAGUCCAGACCCUGAAGGUGUCGGCUGUGACCACCAGCUCUGCCGUCAUCUCGUGGAACAGCGUCCCCGGGGCCACAGGAUACAGACUCGCCUGGGGACCCACCCCAGAGUUUACCGGGCGGGACCGUCCCAGGCAGUUGGCUUUGAAUGGCAGCACCACGGACCACCAUCUGAAGAACGUGGCCCAUGAUACAGAGUAUGUCCUGACUCUCUACGUGUUGUUUGGAUCCCUGGUGGGACCGGGUAUCAGCGCCACCUUCAGAACCUCUCCUCUGGGCUACGUGUCCAACUUCAAGGUGACGUCCCACACCAGCACGUCCAUAGAUGUGGAGUGGAGUCCCAUCGUAGGGGCCACGGAGUACAAACUCACCUGGGACACAGAUGACAGCAGCCUGCAGUCCCGUUACCUGGACCGCAGUGUUCUCUUCCACCGCAUCGAGGACUUGAACCCGCAGUCCACCCACACUAUCACCAUCUCUGCAGUGUACGGCAACUCGGAGGGACCAGAACUCUCCUUGUCUCAGCUCACAGCUGCUGUCUCGGACUCAGAGCCGAUCCAGGCAGUGAGGAAACUGAAGGUCGUGGACAUUGGAGUGAACUUCUUCACCCUGUCCUGGAGCAAAACACCAGGGGCUUCUGGGUACAAAAUCUCCUGGAUCCCCUUCCUGGGGGGCGUUGAGAAGUUCCACCUGGCAUCUGCCGCCUCCACCAACUUCACCAUCCGCAACCUGCGGGAGAGCGCGGCCUAUAAGAUCCAGGUGUCGUCCAUGGUGGCCAACAGGGAGGGGAGCUCGGUUCUGGUCACUGCGAGGACCCUGGAUCUUCCCAAAGUGAAUGGCUUCGCUGCUCUGAACACGACGGACCGCAGCACCGCUCUGAACUGGACUCGAGUCGCUGGCGUCUCAGGCUACCUUCUCUCCUGGAGGCACAUCUCAGUGUUGGAGACCAAUUCAGAGACGCUGGGCCCUGGUUCCUCCUCCCUUAAGAUCAACGACCUCCUCUACGGCCGAACAUACAUUUUCACCAUCAGACCUCUGUACGGAGAAGUGGAGGGGCCUAUCAGCACUGUGUAUCAAAGGAUAUUGGGACCGGAACCUCCAGGGGUGUCGGCCCAGUCAGUGGCCGCCACGGCAGCUCCACAUCUCCCUCGCAUCACGCCUGCCUCAAAGGCCGCCACCGGCAGUCAGAAGGCCGGCAGGACGACACGGCAACCCAUCGCCGUGCCGCCCACUAAAAAAAAAAUAACCACCACAAAGCCUCCAGCUCGGCCAAGAGUCAUUGAGGCCAAAGAAGCAACAGUCCCCCUCGUUCGAUUAACCACAGUCAGUACGGGGACAACAGCUCCACCACGACCAGCAUGCGGUAAGAGCAAAGCAGACAUAAUAUUCCUAGUGGACGAGUCCUCCAGCAUUGGUGCUAAUAACUUCAUCAAGAUGAAGGACUUCAUAUUCCGUGUGACCACCUACUUCCCUGUGGUUGGUCCCGAGGGAACACAGAUCGCUGUGGUUCAUUACAGCGACGAGCCCCGAAUCGAAUUCGGUCUGAACGCCUUCAAAGAUAGAAACUCUGUGCUCCGGGCGCUCAGGGAACUGCGUUACGGAGGAGGCAACACCAAGACAGGAAAAGGCAUCAGCUACGUCCUGCAGGAGCUCUUCCAGGAGCCUCUGGGGAUGAGGCCGGAUGUGGCUCAUGUUCUGGUCCUGAUCACAGACGGCAGAGCCCAGGACGAUGUGCUGCCUCCCUCCAGAUUUGCCCGUGCUCUCGGCGUCAGCGUCCUGGCGGUGGGAGUUUCCAACGCAGACAUGGAUGAGCUGAACAAAAUCGCGGCUCCCACCAGCUACAAGAACAUUUUCUUCUCGCCGACGUUUGACGACUUUCCUUCCAUCGAGAGGGAAUUUAUCAAAACCAUCUGCAGUGAGGAGCUCCUGUCCGAGUUCAAACUGCACGAUGAGUCUGCUCAGCUGGACACCCCGACUGAGGACCCAGAGGAAAUGGUCAAACCUCAGGGUCCCUGCCUCUCCCAGUGUGUGAAGGGCCAGAAAGGUGAAAAGGGGAACGGCUUUGGUCUCGGAGGUCUGAAAUUCAGGCAAAGCCCUGGACAGUACGAUCCUUUCACUUCUUCCAAAGGAGAGACGGGAGAGAAGGGACCAGGAGGAACAGAUGGUGUUCCUGGGUUGCCUGGGCGACCAGGCAGAACUGGACCCCCAGGUUCUGCCGGCCAGCGGGGCUCUCCUGGCGUCUCAGGUGACCUGGGUCGUCCUGGACCGGCUGGUUUAAAGGGACAAAGAGGAGAGAGAGGAGAGCCUGGAUACGUUAUAGCUGGCACAGAUGCAAAUUACGUCCCUGGACGAAAAGGGGAGCCGGGAUCUUCGGGACCCCAGGGGCCUCCUGGUGUAUCAGGGGUCAAUGGAGCCACAGGGCUGCACGGUCAGCCAGGACCUGCAGGGUCACCUGGAAUCUCUGUCAAGGGAGAUUCUGGAGAGCCAGGAGCUAAAGGUUUACGUGGGAAACCAGGCGGGACAGGAGACAAAGGAGAUCCAGGACAAGAUGGUGCUGCAGGUUUGCCUGGUCCCAUCGGAAUAGAUGGGAUUCCAGGAUUACCAGGUCAGAAAGGAGUGAAGGGUGACGAAGGAAUUGGUAUACAAGGUAUCCAAGGUCCUCGUGGAGAGCAGGGAGAGAAGGGAAAUAUUGGCUUCACGGGAGCAGUCGGCCCAAAGGGCGACCUUGGAGAACACGGCAUCCAGGGAAUCAUCGGACUUCGGGGAAAGAAGGGAUUCAAAGGGGAGCAGGGAGACAAGGGAGAUCAAGGAGUGAUUGGACCAAUCGGACGACAAGGACCAACAGGAUUCACUGGACCCAUGGGGUUAAAAGGAGAUGAGGGUCUCAGAGGAGCCCCAGGAGACCCUGCCAAGGGGAUACUUGGGCCGACUGGAAAAAAAGGUGCCAGGGGAGACAUCGGCCCGGUCGGCCCCACGGGCCCCCAGGGAGUCAAAGGCGAACAAGGAGGCAAAGGAGAUAAGGGUAGUCCUGGUUUUGGGAUUCCAGGACAGCAGGGACCAAAAGGAGAGAACGGCGAGAGAGGAAAUGUUGGUUUGUCCGGAAAACCAGGACCAAAGGGAUUCGACGGCUUUAAAGGUGACAAAGGGAAUAUUGGGUUCCCUGGCAAUCCUGGAGAACCAGGAUUAAGAGGUAAAGAUGCUGAACCCGGAACCAAAGGAGACCAAGGAAUUAAGGGUGAACUAGGUCCAUCCGGACAGCCUGGUGACAGAGGAAUCAGGGGUCCACUGGGGUUACCAGGACGACCAGGGGACCCAGGAGAUAAAGGAGAUAGUGGGAAACAUGGGCUGCCAGGCACAGAUGGAAAGAGAGGCGACAGAGGCGAGCAAGGGAAACCUGGACCUCCGGGAGCACAACUUGUCGCAGACAACAAUAUAUUGACAAGAGUGAUUAAGGGUGAACCAGGAGAGCCGGGUCGCUCUGGCCUGAGAGGAGAAGCAGGUCUUCCUGGAUCACAAGGUCCAGAAGGCAAACCAGGAGUACCAGGGUCAUCUCUGGGUGGCUCUGGUAGAAAUGGACUUGAUGGUUUACCAGGGAAACCAGGAGCGAAGGGGGACCAGGGACUGAAGGGCGAGCUGAGUCCGAAAGGAGAAAAAGGAGACCAGGGCCGAAUUGGGAUCGCAGGAAUGCCUGGUUUACCUGGAACUCCAGGGAGAUCUGGCAUUGAUGGGAAGAGAGGCCUGCCAGGAAACAAUGGAGAACGAGGAAGUAAAGGAGAUGACGGCAAAACGGGCGAUAAGGGAGACACGGGUGCAAAUGGUAAAGACGGCAGCAGGGGGGAGCCAGGACCUCCAGGUUUGCCUGGUAGACAGGUGAUUGUCACCCCAGAGGGCGCCACCAACGAGGAAGUCCGCCAAGCCUUUCCGAUCCCAAUGGGUCCUCCAGGAGCUACGGGUUCACCAGGAACAAAGGGUGAUCAGGGAGGACAAGGCCUGAACGGAGAGAAGGGUGAUGCCGGAGCUCCUGCAAAAUCAAUUGAGAUGAAGGACAUUGAAAUCAUGUUUGAAGCCUACGGCAUACGGCUGCCUUUGCUGAAGGCUUUGAUUGACCGGCUGCUGCAGGAAGGAAUAGAGGAGCUGCUUCAUGUGCUCGGCACCGUCAAGAGCACAAAGGAAAAAACAGACACUCACACGUCCAACGUCAUCACUGAGUUCAGCAGUCCAGUGAAAUUUGACCUCACCAGCCAGACGAGGUCGGACUUGGACGUCACUGAAGUCCCAGAUUUGGACGGAGGGAUUCCAGAUUCAACGUCAGUCCAGGAGCUCGACAGGAUUCAGACCAAGUUGAACGGAUCCAGAUGGACCAAGACGGUUGAUGGAAACACUAACAAAGUGUCCUCACUAAAAAUCAAUCGAACUGAAGUAAAUUCUACUUAUAAUUAUACUACGGCUCAGGAGACGGUUUCAGGAUUACCCGAAACUGUGGUGGAGACAGUUGUCCUCACUCAGGACGACUCCCUGAAGAAGAGUUCAGGACAGAAGAAGAAGAACAGGGAACGUGGGAAGGGCAAAGGAAAUAAAGGACGACAUAAGAGGCAGAGACACCGCCUGACAAGUGGAGAGCAAGUUGAAGAAGAAGACGAGGAGUUUUAUAACGCUGAAGAAUACGAUGAUGAAUAUGAGGAAGAACUUUCCCCACACAACUCUUCUACUCUACAGGAGAGCCGAGACAACAGAGAGUUAGAAACAUGGACACACACCUCCAGUCGUCCUCUGACGCCCUCCGCAGACACACAGACAGAUGAGCAGGCCGCCUCGACAACCACAGACCCCCCGCCUCAACCCCUGGAGGAUGUGGAGGAGGAUGAGGCGUCUCUGCCUUCACCUCCCGUCACGACAGAAGAACCAGACAAGGUGCCUCAAUCUCAACUGAGGGUGAGAAGAGGCGCCCCCUGGCCUGAUUCCUCUGUGUUCAUGCCAGGCGCCCCUGGUGGAAGGAAUCGGUUCAAGGAGGAACAAAAACAUCUGUCCUCUGGAGCUGCAGGUUUCCGCGGCUUCAAUAGGAAGCAGGAGAACCCUGAUCUUCACAAAGACACCAGGAGGGAGAGGCAGGAGAGAAGAGAGAGUGAGAUUCAUGCAGAUAUGCAAGGUGGAGGAGGUAAAGACACUAAAGAUGAAGAUGGGGAAGAGUGGAAGCUGGAAAAAGAGGAAGAAGUGGAGCCGGAUGGAUUUACAGAAACUGUCCCUGAUCCAGUUUACGAGGAGGAGGAGAGGAGCGGAGACUACGACUGGGAUCCUGAGGAGGAUGUGGACCGGGAGAGGGAAAGAGAGGAGGAGCGGUUGGAGAUGGAGAGAGAGCGAGAGGAGCUGGAGAAGGAGAGGGAGGCCGAGCUGGAGAAAAUGGACCGAGAGAGGGAGGCUAAGAUGGAGCGGGAGAAAGAGAAAGUGGAGAGGGAGAAGAUGCUGGAGAGACAGAGGGAGGCUGAGAGGAAGAGGGAGGGGAGAGAGAGAGAGGAGGGGGAGAGAGACCUGGACAGGGAGAGGGAGGAGUGGGAGAGGAGGAGGCAGGAGAUGGAGAGGGGGAGAGCAGGAGGCUAUGAUGAGGAGACUGGACAGCCUUACCCGUACCCUCCAGAGUAUUUCUACCUGAAGGGACAACCAGGGGAGAAUGGAAAACCAGGACAAAAGGGAGAAAUUGGUGAAUUGGGACAAAAGGGAGAACCAGGUAUCGGCCACAGAGGACCUGAGGGCCAGGCUGGUCCUCCGGGACAGAAGGGGGAACCAGGUGAGACUGGGCCUCCGGGCGCUCAGGGCAUCCAGGGUAUCCUUGGUAACGCAGGCAUCCAGGGCUCCCCGGGCCAUAGGGGUCCCCCAGGGGACGCAGGGGAGCCGGGCAGAGAUGGCGAUCGAGGUAAAAGGGGGAAGAACGGAUCCCCUGGAGCUCCUGGACUUCGAGGACCACCUGGAUCUCAUGGUCCGCUUGGUUUAUCUGGAGGAAAAGGAGAAAAGGGGGACAGUAGUCCAGGAGAACCGGGUGCCAGGGGUGUGACCGGUGUCCCAGGCAGAAGGGGUGAAAUGGGUCCUCUGGGUGUUAAAGGAUCUCCGGGACAUAUGGGUUCGAAAGGAUUUCGAGGCAGCAAAGGAGAAAGGGGAGAUGGUGGGCUACCGGGAAUCAGAGGAGAGAGGGGCAGUGUGCUUCAAAUCCAAGGACCUCGAGGAUUUAAGGGAGUCAAAGGAUAUCCGGGUGAGCGAGGUCCACCGGGUUUCGACGGCGACAAAGGAGAAAAGGGCGAGGACGGACCUCCUGGAUUCAAGGGCUUGAAGGGUGAUGCAGGCACGAAGGGGGCAUUGGGGAGGUUUGGAGCACGAGGACCUGUGGGGCAGAAGGGAGAUCCAGGAGAGCCAGGACUCAACGGAGUGAUGGGUCGCAGCGGGGAUCACGGAGUGGACGGGGCCAAAGGGGACAAGGGAGAUGUAGGACUGCAAGGUCAAAAGGGUGAUCAGGGCGACUCAGGGGAAGCAGGGUUACCAGGAGACAACGGGGAGAAUGGAGAGAAGGGUUUCAGAGGAUUACCCGGACGCAUCGGGAAUCCAGGCUUCAAUGGAGAGAAGGGAGAAAUGGGGAUACCCGGCGCCGCUGGUAUGCCUGGACUGAAUGGACUCACGGGUCGCAAGGGCGACAAAGGACAAGGAGGGACCAGUGGCGUUGAUGGUGAACCAGGAGUGAAAGGGGAAAGGGGUGUAUCAGGGUUCUCGGGUUUCCCAGGUUUUAAGGGUUCAGCAGGGAGUUCAGGCAGGGACGGAGAUGAGGGGCCACCAGGGACCCCAGGUCCUCGGGGGGGUGGUGGGCCUAAGGGGGAGAGGGGCCGAAGAGGAAGAAUGAAGCCGUGUCAGAGGGGAGCGUCGGGGACACCGGGACAAAAUGGACAGAGUGGCAUAGUUGGGAGUUCAGGAGUAAAGGGGGAGAAGGGAGAUCCUGGACUCUCAGCUGAAGACGUGAAGGAGAUAGUCACGCAGGAGGUGGCAGAUAAGUGUGGACUGGAAUACAAGUUCAUGGUAAGGUCAGUGGAUCCAGAUGGAACAACAGCAAAGACUGACAGUAAAAGUGAGCCGGGAGAUGUGGUGAUAUCUCUCUCUCGUGACGGAGAGGGAGAAGAAGAAUAUGGAGACAGGGCGGAGGAAGUGGACAGUCCUGCCCCUGGGAUCCCUGGAGAAGAAGGGAUGAUACCAAACCGCACUGAUUCUGUUGAUGGAGCGGAGUGGGGCCAGAGGAAGAAAAGAAGAGUAUUUGGAGAGAACGCAGCUGCCUCGGCAGCUGACCGCUGUCUGGAGCCCAUGUCAGAGGGGACGUGCUCAGAGUACGUUCUGCUCUGGUACUUCCACCGUCGCUCAGGGGAGUGCCGGCCGUUUGUGCACGGCGGCUGUGGCGGCAACCGAAACCGGUUCUCCACAAGGCAGGAGUGUCAGAGCUGGUGUGGGAAGCAGAGGACAGGCACUGAACCCUGGAGAUGAAGCCAGCAACCCGAGAUAAUAUCCUCAUUAUGUACAUAACUGUGUAAAAUGUUAUUAUUUUGUGUUUUAUGUUGCUUUUAUUUAUACAUUUUAAAAGCUGUGUCUCGAUGUGUUGUAUGGAUUCGAAUAUGUGAAUGCUGAAAAUGUUGUAAUUAUAUAAAUAUAUAUAAAAUC